AUGGAGGGAGUUUCAUCUUUUACCCGCACUGGACACUUAAAAACUCACCAACUCAUCCACAGUGGAGUUAAACCUUACAGCUGUGACCUGUGUGGAAAGUCUUUUACUCUGGCUCAGAACUUAAAAACACACCAAGUCAUCCACAGUGGAGUUAAACCUUACAGCUGUGAUGAGUGUGGGAAGUCUUUUAUCCGCACUGGACACUUAAAAAGACACCAACUCAUCCACAGUGGAUUUAAACCUUACAGCUGUGACUUGUGUGGAAAGUCUUUUACCCGGGCUGCACACUUAAAAACACACCAACUCUUCCACAGUGGAUUUAAACCUUACAGCUGUGAGUUUUGUGGAAAGUCUUUUACCCGGGCUGGAGACUUAAAAAGACACCAACUCAUCCACAGUGGACUUAAACCUUACAGCUGUGACUUGUGUGGAAAGCCUUUUACCCGGGCUGGAGACUUAAAAACACACCAACUCUUCCAUAGUGGAUUUAAAGCGUACAGCUGUGGCUUGUGUGGAAAGUCUUUUACCAUGGCUCAAACCUUAAAAACACACCAACUCAUCCACAGUGGAGUUAAACCUUACAGCUGUGACUUGUGUGGAAAGUCUUUUACCCUGGCUGCACACUUAAAAAAACACCAACUCAUCCACAGUGGAGUCAAAGAGUGCAUCUGUGGCUUUUGUGGUAAAGCUUUUGCUCAAAAUGACAGUUUACAGAGGCAUCUAGUUACCCACUCUGGAAUUAAGGCGUACAGCUGCAACUUUUGUGGAAAAAGUUUCAGCAACAAACACUACCGAAAUAUUCACCUACGGAUUCACACUGGAAAUGAUGUUUCCUGCUGUGAUCAGUGUGGGAAACUGUUUACAACAGAUGCACAUUUAAAACUACACAUGUUUAGCCACACUGAGGAGAGACCUUAUAAAUGUGACCUGUGUGAGAAGACUUUUAAAGCUCCACAUCAGCUGAAUAAACACCAACAGAUCCACACCAGAAAGUAACUCUACAAGUGCAGUUACUGUGAGGAUGCAUUUAUUUUUAUCUUGUAAUUGUAACCUGAUUGUUUGGAACAAGUCUGAUCAGUAAACUUAUGGAGUUAUACUGAAUGAACUGUUUGGAAAAAUGAAGACUAAUUUUCACUCAGUAACCUGAGUGUUAUAAUGUAAACAGUAAAAUGUAAUGUAGCUUGCCUCCACCAGUGUGUGAAUGUGAGAGUGAAUGAAUAGUGGAAUUGAAAAGCACUAUAUAAAUCCAAUCCAUUAUUAUUAUUAUUAAUUGGACGUUGGCAGAGAUGGUCUUUAUUUCAGGCGACGUUCAGGAUAAAAACGUUGAAGGAAUUCCCUGACUUACACUGUCUUUGUUUAGAAGUGGAGCAACGCACAUGGAUCCAGGUCUCAACCCUGUCGUCACUGUGGUGGUGGGAAAGAGUUUCUCUGUGACCUUUGUGGAAAAACCUCCAGUCAUUAACAGGACCUAAAACCUCAUCAACGUAGACACACUGGAGACAAAAUGAACUACUGCAAAGAAUGUGGGAGAGGCUUCCACACACCAAGUACAUUAAAAAUACAUGACCUCUUCCACAGUGGGGUCAAAAAGCACAUCUGUGACCAGUGUGGGUCAUCCUUCAACACUGGACAUGAGCUCAAUGAAAAAGCAUAAGGGAAUCCACACAGAAGAGACACCAUACAAGUGCAGACACUGUGACAAAAGCUUCUCACAAUCAGGUCAUCAUAACAAACAUGAACGUACACACAUGGAAGUGAACUUCAGCUGUGACCAGUGUGACAAGAGCUUCAGGAA